CUCACCUUCCGGUCUUUCGGCGUUCGGCUCGGAGGAGGCAAAGGUGCAACUUUCUUCGGUCGUCCCGAAUCCGGGUUCAUCCGACACCGGCCGCCUCCACCAUGCCGCCUAAGUUCGACCCCAACGAGAUCAAAGUCGUGUACUUGAGGUGUACCGGUGGGGAAGUCGGUGCCACGUCUGCCCUGGCCCCCAAGAUCGGCCCUCUGGGUCUGUCUCCAAAAAAGGUCGGUGAUGACAUUGCCAAGGCAACUGGUGAUUGGAAGGGUCUGCGGAUUACAGUGAAACUGACCAUUCAGAACAGACAAGCCCAGAUUGAGGUGGUACCUUCUGCUUCUGCCCUGAUCAUCAAAGCCCUCAAGGAACCACCAAGGGACAGAAAGAAGCAGAAAAACAUUAAGCACAGUGGAAACAUCACUUUUGAUGAGAUCGUCAACAUUGCCCGGCAGAUGCGGCAUCGGUCUCUAGCUAGAGAGCUUUCUGGAACCAUUAAAGAGAUCCUGGGGACCGCCCAGUCUGUGGGCUGCAAUGUUGAUGGCCGCCACCCUCAUGACAUCAUAGAUGAUAUCAACAGUGGCGCAGUGGAGUGCCCCGCUAGUUAAGAGCUGCAAAGGAAAAAGAAAAAUAAAGGAUCAUUUGACAACCA